AUGAGUAUAGCUGCAUAUGCGUAUGAAGCUGACAGAGCUAAACGUUUAUAUUUUGGUCAAUACUCUCUCACACUUACUGACAAAUAUAUUGUUAUCAGUGAUGGAAAUACCGAGAAAUACAUAACAUGGAAGGACUAUGAAAAGUUUGACCCUAUUUUAACUCCAUGUACAAUGCCAUUCAUUGUAAAUGGUGAAGUUGUCAUGAAGAACGACACAACAGUAUAUAAGUCUGUAUAUGAAGCAUUAGAAUAUAUGUUGAAUUAUAAUCCCGAAAGAUUUGACCCAAGCACUACACCAUGUGCAAUGCCUUUUAUUAAGGACGGUGAAAUCGUAAGAGUUCCGGAUUCAACGGUUUAUACUGCUGUUCAAAACAGUUUACAAAACAUUUUAGCGAAUAUCUUUAAUUCAGAAACUACAGAAAUAAAAUUACCGUAUAUAACAGAUGCUAAAGAAAUUAAAUCAAAAACGACAACAUUAUUUACGUCACUUAAUGAUUUAAUGACUUAUAUCAUUAAUAUUCCUGCACCAACUACAGCAUUUGAUCCAAACUCGACAGUUUGCAGUGUACCUUUCAUAAAGUCGCAAACGGACUCUUUGAGUCCUGAAGGUCUUUCAGACCGAAGCGACCAGGGCGAAGCCCAUGACAGUUCAGUAAUUGUUUUAAGGGAUUCAACAGUUAAUGAAUCAUUAAAGGCGUCAUUAAUGAAAAUCAUUGAUUUUAACUCAUUCACGAAUACAUAUAAUUCAUUCAUUAAUGUUUCAUAUGCUUCUAAAGAAGGUGAGCCAAAAACUAUUGAUAAAGCGGUGUAUGAAAUAAAAGCAUCAACGACGAAAUUGAAUUCGUUAACUUUUGACGGUGAUAGUUUCGUUAAUGACAUAACAUCGGGGAAAACAAUUUUAACGAAAGAAUACUUAAAAUCUCAUGUUAGUGAGUUCGUUGAAAUUGAAAAAGAAGGUGGAAUUAAGUUCGAUCCACUGAAUUUCAUUUUCAGCUUAGCGAAUGCGGGUGUUAGUUUCGCUGAAUGGACAACUAUACAGAGUGAAAUAAAUGCAAUAUGGACGUUUUUGGGGUCAAAAGCGGGAAUGGGUGAGCUUGUAAAUGCUGCAAGAACAUUAGGUGAAACAGGAAAUUUUGUAG